AUGGUCGAGCGGCUCCAUCGACAGCUGAAAGCCUUAAUCAAGUGUCUGCAAUUCGAUCGGUGGACACACACGCUCCCGACCGCUCUCCAGGGGAUUCGUGCAGCUUGGAAGGAAGAUCUUCAGGCCACCUCUGCAGAAAUGAUGUACAGAGAACCACUCCGACUUCCUGACGAGUUCCUAUUAACAACCUCUACCGGGGACAUAGACGACUCGGCCGACUUCACACGUGAGCUUCGCCAGCACUUCCAGGCGCUCAGGCCAGUCAGCGGCACCAGGCAUGUCGAGCGAAAGCUCUUUGUCUUCAAAGACCUCGCUACCGCCAGCCACGUCUUAGUCAGGCACGACGCUUCAGGAGGACCGCUUCAGCUGCCCUACGAUGGACCCUACGAAGUUGUUUCCCGAGCCGAGAAACACUUCACUCUUGCAAUGCGAGGCAGAAACGUUCCAAGGACGACUCCAUUUUAA